AUGGGUAAUAAACAUUCUCAUUCUAAUAAAAGCAAAGUUAAUUUCGAAGUGAUUCACUCCAAGGACAAAGAUCUAGAGACUGAUCGAUUAAGUUUAGGGCACUAUAUUAUGAGAGAAAUAUGGCAAGGGAAUUUCUUAUCACCAAUUAGCGAUACUUUAAAACAAGGAGCACGAGUUUUGGAUGUUGGUACAGGUAAUGGUACAUGGAUUUGUGAAUUGGCCGCUGAUUAUCAAAAAUCCCAAUAUGUUGGAAUUGAUAUCUUAAAUCUUCAACCAAGUAUAAGACCAUUCAAUGUUCAGUUCAUUCAACAUGAUAUUUUAAAAGGAUUACCAUUUGAAGAUAAUUCAUUUGAUUUCAUACACGUACGAGAAAUGAUAUUUGAUAUAAAAGAAUCUGAUUGGAGUAACAUCAUGUAUAAAGAAUUAUAUCGUGUUUUAAAACCUGGUGGUUGGUUAGAAAUAAUUGAUCCAGAAUUGUAUUGGCAUGAUUCAGGACCUGUCAUGACUAAACUUUGUAAUUCAGUAUGUGAUCGACUUUGUUCUCAGGGUAUAAACCCUUUUAUAGCAAAGCGUCAUAAAGAAUCAAUUCAAUCAAUGCCAGGUUUAACUUUUGUACAGCAAGAAGAGAGAGUUUAUCCACUUGGCCCAUGGGCGGGUAAAGUUGGAGUAUUGGCAGAAUCAUUCUUGAAAGAAACAUGUAAAGGUUUUAUAAAAUGGGUCUAUCCUAAAAAGAAUGUUGAAAGAGUGUUAAAUGAAUUAAGUACAGAAUUCAAAACAUAUAAGUCUUACUUUAUAGUUGUUAGGUGUUGCGCGAAGAAGGCAUAA